CGUGACACAGCUAAACAGGUGAAGAGCUUCUCAAAGGAGGCAGCAGGAGUCAACGAACCUACAGUACGGAAUAAAACUAUCGGAAAACAAAACAGAGUUACCUUAUUUAUCUGAGAGAAUAUAUUGAAUUUCUUUGUUUGAGACCAAAGACUGAAAAGAAAGCCGAAUCUGCAUUGAAACCUUUAAUUUACACCAGAGGACCUUUAAAUAUGGAGUUUCCUGAUUUGGGAGAGCACUGCUCUGAGAAUACCUGUAAACGUUUAGAUUUUCUUCCAAUGAGAUGUGAUGCUUGUCAGGAGAUCUUCUGCAAGGAUCACAUUACCUAUGCAAAUCACAAAUGCACAUCUUCCUACAAAAAGGAUGUCCAGGUACCAGUUUGCCCAUUGUGUAACACUCCUAUUCCCAUAAAAAGAGGAGAGAUGCCUGACAUUAAAGUUGGGGAGCACAUCGACCGGGAUUGCAAAUCGGACCCGGCGCAAAGGAAGAGAAAGAUAUUCACCAAUAAAUGUUCUAAAGGUGGCUGUAAACAAAAGGAAAUGAUACGAGUCACCUGCGAUCAGUGUCAUUUAAAUUACUGUCUCAAACAUCGCCACCCUCUAGACCACGAUUGUAAGACGGAUGGAAAGCCUCUUUCCAAGUCUGGAAAUGCUGCUUUAAUGAGGUCCCGAGGUGCUUCCUCCUCUUCUGCCUCUAGUUCUCGUUCAUCUGCUUCAGGAAACCCCAGACCCGUUUCUAACGGUUCAACCAUAAAUAGUAGAGCUCACAGCUCAGGCUCUACCCCACGGAUUCCUACAUCCGUUUCAGCACAGAAUGUAAUACCCCCUUCAGCAUCAUUUCAGGCAAACAUGACAGAGGAGCAGGCUUUACAAAGAGCUCUAGAGAUGUCCUUGGCUGAAACAAGGCCAGCUGUUCAGCCGACCCUAAGCCCUCAGGAGCAGGAGGAUCUGGCUCUGGCUCAGGCUCUCGCUGCCAGCGAAGAAGAAUACAGACGUCAACAACAGAGACAACAGGUACCCGGCAAGCUUAGGCACCAGUAGCAUGCUUACUGGAACACAUGGAAGGGAGACUAAACAAUCCACCUGCUGCCUUUCGUAGUCUAUGGGCUUGAUUUAUGCUUUAAGCUGUGCGAAUGAUUUGCUAUGAACUGUAUUACUAAGUCAAUACUCAGAAUAAGUGAUUGUUCCAUGAAGAAUUACUCUUGAAGGUUGCUGCAAUCUUGCCGCUUUCCACAUAUAAGCACAUGUACUUUUCUGCAGGAUCUGUCAUUUUUAUGAAAUCGAUAUCCGUGUAAAUAUUUUAUAUGCCAAUCACGAUGAAUCUAUUAUAUUGCCUCAUAUAGAUAAUGAAUAAAUUAAAGGUGCACUUGAAUUUUAACUUAGUCCUGUGAUUGUAAUCUAAUGCUCUUCAAUAAAAGUGAAGGUUGCUAUUAAAGCACAUCAGGAAGUCCAUCACAGAAGUGGAGUGGAAUAAAUUUGCCCACCCU